UUCUUACCUUCAUCACACCCUUGAUUCACUUCUUGGACCUCCCCUGUCUCUUCCUCCAGCCCCUUCCUCUCCCUCUCACCCUCCCUCUUCUCCACGCUCCAUCGCCGUCUUCAUAUAUCCUUACGUCUCUCUCACUCCACUGCAACGUAUACCGGCUCACACUACCCUACAAACACCCCACCUCUCUCAUGACGAGCUUGCACACCUCAAGCUCUGCUAUCCCCAUCAUGCACAUCUGCCCGAGUAUGGACUCCGUCUUUGAACUUGAAUUCUCCGGCGACAGCACCACCACCACCACUCCCACAGACCACGACGAUUGGAACCGUUGGUCCCCCCUCGUCAACUGGGAAGCCUUCACCGGCGGCCAAGAUGACUUCCAAGACCUAUUAGAGUCCAUGAUGGACGAAGCUGCCGGGAUCCUCGGCCCCCAACAUGGAACGGAAGAAGCCUACAACUCGGCGAACUCCUCUUCGACGGAAGUAACCGUGAUGGGCGAAGAAGCAACCGACGGUGUCGAGGAUUUCAAGGGCCUCAGGCUGGUGCACCUUCUGAUGGCAGCCGCCGAAGCCCUCACCGGCGCCAACAAGAGCCAUGAUCUGGCUCGAGUGAUAUUGAUUCGGCUCAGGGAGUUGGUUUCCCCCACCGACGGGUCCAACAUGGAGAGGUUGGCGGCGUAUUUUACGGAAGCCUUACAGGGAUUGCUAGAAGGCGCAGGGGGUGCACAGAAUAAAAGCCACCACAAGCAUUUCAUCGGCAGUGGACCCCACCGCGAGGACCACUCUCCACUGGACAUGCUGGCCGCCUUCCAGCUCCUCCAGGACAUGUCCCCCUACGUUAAGUUCGGCCACUUCACGGCAAAUCAGGCCAUCCUGGAGGCCGUGGCCGACGAGAGGCGGGUUCACAUAGUCGAUUACGACAUCAUGGAAGGCAUCCAGUGGGCCUCCUUAAUUCAGGCCCUCGCCUCCAAAGUCGAUGGCCCACCUGGCCCACACCUCAGGAUCACCGCAUUGUCCAGAAGCGGAAGCGGAAGAAGAUCCAUCGCCACCGUUCAAGAGACGGGUCGUCGUUUGAUGGCGUUUGCGGCUUCCGUGGGCCAGCCAUUCUCAUUUCAUCAAUGCAGGUUGGACUCGGACGAGACAUUUCGACCUUCGGGCCUGAAGCUAGUUCGGGGAGAGGCCAUGGUGUUUAACUGCAUGUUCCAUCUUCCGCACCUCGCUCACCGGGCACCCGAAUCGGUGGCGUCGUUCCUGAAAGGAGCGAAGACGUUGAAUCCGAGACUGGUGACAUUGGUGGAGGAGGAGGGCGGGCCCAGCGGGGAUGGGGGGUUGGUAAGUCAGUUCAUGGACUGCUUGCACCAUUACUCGGCGCUUUACGAUUCGCUGGAGGCGGGAAUACCCAUGCAGAGCGGGGCGAGGACACUGGUGGAGCGGGUGUAUUUGGGGCCCCGAAUAGCGGGAGCGGUGGCGAGGAUAUACAGAAACGGCGGGGACAAGGAGAGAGGGUCGUGGGGGGACUGCUUAGGGGAGAUGGGGUACAGGGGAGUGGCCAUAAGCUUCGCCAACCAUUGCCAGGCCAAUCUGUUACUGGGACUGUUCAACGAUGGGUACAAGGCAGAGGUGCUGGGUUGCAAUAGAAUGGUGUUGAGCUGGAGGUCCAGGCGUUUGCUUUUCGCCUCUCUCUGGACUUCUUCUUCCCCCGUGGCUCCUUCUCAAUCAUUAUUCUAGUCAUAUCCGUUGUCGCUUCUCUCUUUUAAUUGGUUUGAUCUUCUUCUGCUUUUGUGCUUGGAGACGCUACUUGAUGAAUCGUGAGGUCUUUUUAAGAGUUCUCUAUUGAAUAAUGAAUGCUUCGUCAAAUGCUUCAGGAGAUGUUUGGCGAAGGAGCUAGUAUGGUUUCAUACGCCCACCCAGCUGCUUUAUUCAUGUUUCCCUUUAAUUUCUCCUCCGAUCCUUUCCAUCAGUAUUUCCAAAUGGAGGCACGUGUUGAAGGCUUCCCAUUGCUCAGUGCCACUGAUCGUAGGGGUACCUUUUGUUCUCUGGAGUACCCUCGGAUCCGUCUGAGAAUUUUUAUUUCCCAUCCACGGAGGCUUUUGCACUCUCGGAUUCUUCAAAUCUUAUUGUUUUACAA